AUGAAGUUACAAACAAGGAAGCAGAAAUCUGGGAAUCCUUCUCGGAUGAAACACUCAUGUAUAUCAAACAAAGGUCGUGAUAAUCUUCUGAGGCGCUAUGUGACUGAGGAAAAAGUGGAAGGAAUUUUAUGGCACUGUCAUGACUCACCUUAUGGGCGACAUUUUAGUGUAGAAAGAACAGCUGCAAAACUGGCAAGGGUACUCAAGCACUAUGGUGUGAGACACAAGGUAGCUACACCUUAUCAUCCACAAACAAAUGGGCAAGCAAAGGUUUCAAAUAGGGAGAUAAAAAGGAUUCUAGAAAAGAUAGUUGCCUCAUCAAGAAAGGAUUACUCUCAGAGGUUAGAUGAUGCUCUUUUGGCCUAUAGAACUGCAAUGAAGACAACUAUUGGAUUAUCUCCUUUCCAAAUGGUCUAUGGAAAGGCAUGUCACCUUCCGGUGGAGAUGGAACAUCGAGCUCUAUGGGCCUUAAAAUUCUUGAAUUAUGAUCCUUGUGACACUACUGAAAAGAGAAGAAGGCAACUUAUUGAGCUUGAGGAGAUGCGGCUGCAUGCCUAUGAUUCCUCAAAGAACAACAAAGAAAAGUUGAAGUCCAAGUGGUCUGGUCCAUUUAGGAUCAAGAAUGUUCUUCCACAUGGAGUAGUUGAGUUAACAGAUCCUUUCUCUGAAGAUCAACAAAGAAGCUGGGUCGUCAAUGGACAACGGCUCAAGCAUUAUUUUGGUGGUGAGGUGGAACGCCUAUCCACAAUCAUGGAGUUGGUUGAUCCAGAUUCAGUUUAA